AUGGCGUCGCUUCUCCCCAAGCUCCUCCGAAAGUGCCAACCUUCUUCACUUCAAACCCUAUCCUUCUUGAGCAAGUCGCAGCCACGCACAACCGUUCUUAGAACUCCAAUCCUUUCAUUAAACCCUGAUCUCUUCCUUGAACCAACUGCCGGUCCCAUUUCUUGUUUUUUUGACAAUGAUGCAGCUGAAACAGCCCCUUUUCGGUUCUACCCGUCGUUUCCACAUUUCUCUAAUCUAGAGCCGUUUUCUCUAUGUGGGAAUAUUCAAUCUGAAAAAAAGAAAUCUGAUGCUGAGUCAGAUUACGCCAGCGAAAGCGAUUACCGAACGGUGUGGGCUGACAGUGUUAAAAAGAAGAGGAAGAGGAAGAUGAACAAGCACAAGUACAGGAAGCUGAAGAAACGCCUCCGCCGCCAGACUUAG